UGAAAGAUCCUCACACGAUUUAUUAGUGGUCCUUCUGAAAUUAAAAAAAAUCAUGUGAGCUUUAGCUGUUCCUUGAGAAUGUGAAAUUCACAUCAUUUUAUCAAGUCAGAUGGUAAUGAAAAAGUUAAGAUUUAGGCCGGGGCUCCGCCUACUUCGUGACGUGGCAACGGCAGCUCGUGCACCUGACCUGAAUCCAAGCGGGAAGGAGGAAUCAGUUGGCGUUUAACUUUUCCACACAAUAGCUUUCUGUGAAGACAUUACGAGCGGCAUGGAAUAUCUACAAUGUAAGGUAAAUAUCAAUUGAUUCUUCAUUUUCGGUGGCUUUUCCGAAUGGUUUGCUAAGCUAUUGCGUUUCUGCAAACAGAUAGUUGCACUAACUUAUAUCUACCAGCUAUGGGUUUGGUUACUGUUGUGUCGUCAGCCCAAUAUUGUCGAGAAUGGAGUUAUUGUGGCGUUGUCGUCGUAUUCAAGUGGUGUGUGUUUUACUAUUUCGAUACGUGUUUCAUGUCGAAUUCCUUUCAUUUUCGGGAACCUGUUGCUGUUACUGCCGUAAUUGCUGUGCUGAUUUAGAACCUAGAAAGUGUACAUCAAGCUAAGCUAGCUGAUUUUUUUAUGCAGCGCCAAGGCAUGACUGGCUAACUACUAAAGGGUAGCGCGCGCAUGGUGAAACCCAUCGACAUCUUUGAAAGAUGCCGUUUGACGAAUGAGAUUGGUUUACGUCUGGAACAAUAACGUGCACUGCUGUAUUGCAUUGUGUUUGUGUGAGAUACGGCUGCAGUAGGCCUACCAUUCUUGGAAAACUAGCGUCUGUUCUGGACGUUGUGACAGGGGAAUUUGUGCAAGCUAAAGUCACGUGCACGCAGCUGUCCUAAUAUGUGUUCGGUUUUGUAAAUAAUGUGCUCGCAAAUCGUCAUUUGGUGAAGUAGUUUUGUUUGGUGUGGUGAGUAGCCUAUUGAGUAUUCUGUAUCUUCUUAAUUCGUUCAGGUUGAACAUCACUUGGGGAUUUAGUUUUUAAUUCUGUUUUCCUUUCCACCACGGUGCCCAAUAGUGUUCACUGUAAAGAAAGUGCAGGGAGUGUUUUGCAACCUGGUAGUCUAGAGUUGAACUGGAGAAUACAUGCUGAAGCUUUUUGAUGGAUCAUAUUCGAAAAACGGUCUUUUGAAACCCUGCUGUAAACAGCCAAAGGAGCAUUUUGCUUAUCUGACAGUCACUGGUUAGCAUUGCAUAACUGGAUACAUUUACUUAACUCUUUAACUGUCUAAUGCUAUAUGGUCAUAAGUCUUCGUGCAUUUAAUGUGCUUUUGUACUUUUUAAUACCAGUAAUACUAUCAUCUGAUUUUGGGUGUUGCAGAGCAUGUAGAUUUACCACCUGUAGAGCAAACUGGUCCAGUUCCAAAUACACUUCAGAACGAGCUUCCUGCAGCAUUACUGAAAUUGGAACAUUCGAUGCAUGUACCAGUAAAUGUGGCAGUGCAAGGGAUGUGAAUCAGCUGUUCAAAGUAGGUCUGAUCUACUUGCUCAUUACAAACUCCACCAUCCCCACUUUGGCCGCACCACAAACUACCCCUGCACAUAUACAGAUUGUCCCUGUACUUUUAAAACGUGGAACGCUCUGAUUGUUCACCAGAGUAGAGUGCACGGCACACAAUUAGGCCAGACCUUAGAUCAGUUAAACACCUUCUCGUGUCAUCUAUGUAGCUGUUCCAAUUUGCCAAACGAAAGGGAGUACUUCAUUCAUGUCAACACACAUCUGAGGAAAAAUGAAGUUGUGUCUUGCAUGUUCACUGGCUGUACUUUUCAAACAAGUGUUUAUGGCACAUUUAAGUCUCACAAAAGUCGCCUCCAUAAUCCACAUACCCUAGCUGAUUUUAGACCUGAAAUUGUUAGGAGAACUGCUGUACCCUUACCUCCAUCGUCAUCUGAUUUGGGUGUUACAGAGGGUGUAGAAGAGGAUUUACCACCUGUAGAACAAGCGGUCCCUCACAGUCCAGUUCCAAAUACACUUCAGAAGGAGCUUGCUGCAGCAUUACUGAAAUUGGAACAUUUGGUGCUUGUGCCAGGUACAGCAAUUGAUGAUUUUUUACAGAACCUCCACUUCUUACUGACCACUGCAUCAGCAUCUCUUUUCCGUGGUUCAUUAAAUGCAAUACUUGAAAGUCACAACCUACAGAUUGAUGACUCAGUGGUAACUGAAAUAGUUACUGCAGCAAUAUCUAGCCCAGUUCAUCAAGCCAUUGAAAAGGGUGGCUCACUCAGUACCACUUACCAACGUAAAGUGUUUUACAAGAAAGAAUUUGAUGUUGUGGAACCAGUUACUUACACUCUAGACCACAAGAAAAAACGUACUUUUCAAUACGUUCCCCUACUGAAGUCUUUGCAGAACACCCUAAACUGCCAAGCGAUUCUUGAUAAAGUCAUUGACAACCAUAGAGGUCAGCAGGAAUCUCAGCUAGAACCUUUGUUUGAAUUAAGGGCUCCUGAAGAUGGUGUAUAUUUCAGGAGUAAUGCUUUUUUGAAUUCAGAUGAACUGAGAUUGUCAUUGCGCCUCUUCGUAGAUGACUAUGAAACCUGCAAUGUUCUUGGGACAUCUAGAAACAAACACAAGCUUUGUGGAAUUUACUGGGUUUUAGGAAACCUACCACCUGGUUCCCACUCAUCAUUAUCGUCAAUUUUCCUUACAGUGCUUUGCAAAAGUGUUGAUAUCAAAACAUACGGGUUUAACAAAGUGUUAGAACCUCUCCUGCGUGAUGUGAAAGUGCUGGAAGACUUUGGUGUGUAUGUACCUCUUCUAGGAAAGUGUCUUAAAGGCACAGUGCAUUGUGUUGUGGCAGACAACUUGGGUGCCCACGGCAUUGCCGGUUUUGUGGAGAAUUUUUCAGGCGAAUAUUGUUGUCGGUUUUGUACAGCAAAACGUGCUGAAACGCAAUCCGUCCCUUUCACAUCUGGAACUUUUAGCCUCAGAACGAAAGACAGUUACGCUUCUCAUGUUAAAACUGCUCUUGAGACUAAUGUGCACUGCUGCGGAGUGAAACGGGAGUGUUUUUUGACAAAAUCCCUAUCUUUUUUUCAUGUUGUCUCUGGAUAUCCUCCAGAUGCUGCCCACGACCUUCUUGAAGGGAUUGUUCCUGUCGAGCUUGCAUACUGCUUGGGGUCAAUGAUAUCAAAGAAGCUUUUCACACUGCACGAUUUGAAUCAAGCCAUAUUGUCUUUCCCUUAUAAGUGGUCAGAUAAAACGAACAAACCCCAUGCACUGCCACAGAACAUCACUGCUCGUAAAACUAUCGGUGGAAAUGUUCACGAGAAUUGGUGCCUUAUAAGGCUGCUGCCAUUUUUGAUCGGCUCAGUUGUUCCAAAUGAUGAGCCUGCAUGGCUUGUGUUAAUGGACCUCAAAGACAUCGUCGAGCUUGUUUUUGGCCCAGUGCACACAGACGAAUCGAUUUCGUAUCUCCAGAGCAAAAUAAUUGAGCACAGGACCAGAUACAAGGCAUUGUUCCCUGACGUUCAACUCCUCCCCAAGCACCAUCUAGUGGAGCAUUAUCCUGUCUUGAUUAGGAAUUUUGGCCCUCUAGGUACACUCUGGACACUUCGAUUUGAAUCGAAGCAUAGUUUCUUUAAGCGUGUUGUGAAGCACACAAAUUGCUUUAAGAAUGUACCACUGACUUUGGCUUCGAAACACCAAUUUAUGCUGGCUUUCCACAUGACCUCCCCCUCAUACGGCAAAUCAACCCUUGAUGUACCCCAUGUGUCCACUGUACCAGUCAGUGUCCUGAAGGAGGACGUGGCACAGGCUUUUCUGGCAAAAUUUCCCAAUGCAUCUGUGGUCCGCCUUACCAAAAGGGCAUGCAGUAGUGGCAUACACUAUGAGAAAGGGAUGAUUGUGACUUAUGGAUCAAUCAGUGGAUUGACUGAAUUUGCUGAAGUCAUUGAGAUGUGUGUUGAAAAUGAAGAGCUGCUCCUCUUUGUGAAAUUACUUUGCGGGUGGUACAAUGACCAUUACAGAGCCUUUGAGCUGAGUCUGUCACCAGCAAGAGAAUUAAAGCUUGUGGCCAUCACUGACCUCUGUGACCCAUAUCCGUUGGCUGACUACUUUGUUGGAUCAAAUCGCAUGGUUACUUUGAAAAGACAUAUCCUCAUUAAAGACUGAACACCAUGAGUUCUCCAGCGCUUUUGAGAAUUGUUCUAGCAGACGACACAUGCCAAAGAUUGACGUUCCCAGAAGGACUUCCUGCAGCAAUAGAGGACCUGGUUUGUGAAGUCAGGAGCCAAUGUGGUCUAACAUCCAAUUUCAGACUGCAGUUCAUGGACCCGCUGUUUGGAAAUGUCUACAUGAACCUCACUUCUAUGAAUGAAGUCCAAGAUCGAGGGACCAUUAGAAUUGUUCCAGAGUCAGUCACAGGCGUGAAUGCUAGUAGCUCCACCAUGUCCACUGCAGCCGGGCCCUCCACCUCAUCCCCAUCACCAACGCUCAGCAGUGCUGAUACAGAUGUACUGUCCUCAACAGAUUCCGAGCCUUCUGGGUCUAGGUCCCUUUGGCCUCAAACCUUCCACUGCCCUAUGUUCACAUAUGACGCUGAAUUGAAACUGAGGAAGGCUAAUGCAGCAUACAAGGAAAAUCGCACUCUGCUUUGUGCAGAUACAGACCCAAAACUCAAGUCAGACAUUCUCCAUGGACUAACCCAGGAAAUGGUGAAGUAUGGUCUUUACGCCUCUGACAGGAAGUUUAGCAUGGUUGGGAAAGCGCUGAUUUCCAAGCACCCUUGCCUAGCUGAAGAACACUCGUUCACUGGAUAUGAAGGGUGGAAAAGUAGCCUGAAGAAUAAAUUGGGACUGUACCGUACUCGUUUGAGGAAGCUGGGAUGUCCGGAGGUGAUGAUAAACUCUGUUCAGCGGACAGCAGGGGUCAAAACAAGUCCUGCUCUUGGCAUUAAAAAACCGAAGAGGUCUGAGGUCAACUACUGCCCUGCCUACCCUACAGGGGAAGAUGAUCUGUCCCUUGAGAAACUUCGAUUGGAGCUGAAGUCUGAUGUCCAGAGGAGACAUAGCAGAGAGAUCAGGAUGAAAAUGGAGAAGACCUUUGCUUAUCGGAGACAAGAAGUCGUUCGCAGUGCACCCAUGAUCCAUGAGGUUCAGGAGAGAUGGCCAGCCCUCUUUGAUGUACAGGAGAUCAACGCUGAAUUCAGACGGAUCACGACAAUAGCCUUACAAUCCAGAUUUCUCUCUCAGUUAGACAUUCUGUCUGACAGCCUUGUGAAUCUUUUCAAGAAAAGAACAGGCCAGAUCGGCACUCAUCUUAAGACUGUAAUGUCACCAAUUACUCAGGAUGUUGAUGCUGCUGAUGCUGACCAUGUUGAUGUUGUCCGGGAAUGCCUGCUUAAAGGGUUGUGCAUCUACCUCAAUGAAGACCCAAGCAACCUCAUUCGAGAACUUGUGGAAGAUGAUGAUGGCCAGAUUCAGAGAGCCUUGGAAGAAACAACUCUGGGGAUUCUGGUUGUGAAGCGCUGCCCCUCAGAGCAUCCUGAGAUUGGGAUCAUCCUAGAGGGACAACAGGUACUCGGGGAACUGGACAAUGUGCCUUUAGCAGCAGCUCUGCUAUUUGGGCUGAUAUAUGCUCUGAAUCUCGAUUACCCAUCAGAGCUCAAAUAUACAUUUGAGGUUCUGCAAAAGAUCAUCAUGGAGCUAGAGGGCACGACCAUGUCGAAAAAAUGCCAGGCCCUGCAAAACAAACUCCGUGAUUAACAGGUCUUUCCUCCCAUUUGCAGCUGCAAUGUAUGCAGAGUCCAGACUGUCAAACCCAGUUCUAUUCACGUUCUGUAUUCAGCAUUGAAGGCCAUCUCACUGCCUUGUAUUUUCACUCAGUGUGCAGAGUUCACUGCCAAAGUUCAAAUGACUUGCAAUGUUGAGGGGGCUUGGAAUUUUGAAAUGCACUCAAUGUCAACUUUGCCCAAUUUCUAAUUGGGAAACUCGUUUUUUUCAUUGGGCUUGGAUUUUUCUCCUGUCUAUAGGAUCAGGAAAACCUUUUUAUUAUCAUUUUUCAUAUUAUUAUUUCUAUUGACUUGAAAUGCACUGAAUGUCAAAUUUGCCCAAGAACAUGUUUUAUUUUUAAUUGGGAAAUGCAUUUGGUUUAUUGGGCUGUGAAUGUUUUUUCCCCCACCUGGCUAUAAGAGCAGGGAAAUAGGGGUGUUUUUUUAUUUAUACUACAGGUAUUUACACAUCUCAUUUUGCACUUUGCCUUUGUAGGGCAGCCUUUCGAGACAUUUAUUUUUUUAAUCGGCAAUGAAGGCCAUCUCACUGCCUUGUAUUUUCAGUCUUCUCUCUGCCAAAGGUAUGACUUGCAAUGUUGAAAGUUGAAGGGACAUUUUGAAAUGCACUGAAUAUUGCCCAAGAACAUUUUUUUAUUUUUUGCAAUUGGAAGAUGCAUCAAGUUUUUUUAUUGGGCUUUGAAUAUUUUUUAUCUGACUAUAGGGUCAGGAAAAUGUCUUCAUGUAGCUGCUGCUGUCUUUUUUGUGUGUUUUUGUUCAAAUUUGGGGGAACUACAGAAACUGUAGCCUUUCUAAGUUUUGUUCAACAUAUAAAGGCACCGUACUGUCUUUGACCUUGAUUUCAAUUGUCUGCAAUGUCAAGGAAUUUGAAAUAAAUGUUGUAAAUGUG